AUGUCUCGCCUAAUCGGAUUCUUAGCCGUUCUCCUGCUCCUUUCGAUCACUGCACACUCGGCGCCUUCAUGCCCUGCAGUGAAACAGGAGGUGGCUCCGUGCGUCACUUUCGUGAAAGGUGGAGCCGACGCCAAGCCAUCGGAGGACUGUUGCAAAGGUGUCAAGAACCUGAGCGUGAAUGCCGCUAACAAGGCAGACAAGGAAGCUGUUUGCUUGUGCCUCAAGCAAGCGUUGUCUACCGUUGGAACCUAUAAUCCCUCUCAAGUCUCUGCGCUUCCCAAGAAGUGUGGCAUUUCCCUCGACCUCCCUGCAAUCGACAAAGACACCGACUGCACAAAGUAA